AUGGAACCCACGGCCCUGCGAGAAAGAGAUAAAUCCAUAGAAAGAGCCCAGCAGGCAAUGAAAACUGCUCUGAAGAAGAAGUUUGAAUGCAUAUUUGACGGUUUAGCAAAGCAGGGCAACCCAACCCUCCUCAAUGAGAUCUAUACAGAGCUCUACAUCACAGAGGGGGGAAGUGGGGGGAUCAAUGAUGAACACGAGAUCAGACAGAUUGAGACAGCAUCCAAGAGACAAACCACACAGGAGACUGCAAUUCUCUGCAAUGACAUCUUUAAGCCUUUACCUGGACAAGAGAAACCCAUCAGAACUGUGCUUACAAAGGGCAUCGCUGGCAUUGGGAAAACCGUCUCUGUGCAGAAGUUCAUUCUGGACUGGGCAAAUGGAAAAGCCAAUCAGGACAUUGGUUUCAUCUUCACUCUUCCUUUCCGAGAUCUGAAUCUGAAAAAGGAGAGAGAAUUUAGUCUCAUGAAACUGCUGCAGCAAUACUUUCCGCAACUGAAAGAGAUCAAAAGUUUUGAAGAUGAAGUCAAAAUUGUGUUCAUCUUUGAUGGUCUGGAUGAGUGUCGACUUCCUCUAGAUUUCCAAAGCAAUAAGAUCUGCCGUGAUAUAACAGAGUCAUCAUCAGUGGAUGUGCUGCUGACCAACCUCAUUCUGGGGAAUCUGCUUCCCUCUGCUCUCCUCUGGAUCACCUCCCGACCAGCAGCAGCCAAUCAGGUCCCUCCUGAGUGCGUCCACCAGGUGACAGAGGUACGAGGGUUCAAGGAUCCACAGAAGGAGGAAUACUUUAGGAAGAGAAUCAGAGAUGAGAUAAAGGCCAGCAGAAUUAUCUCACACGUAAAGUCAUCCAGGAGUCUGCACAUCAUGUGUCACAUACCAGUCUUCUGCUGGAUUUCUGCUACUGUUCUGGAGACAAUGUUGGAUAAAGUGAGUGGAGACCUGCCCAAAACUCUGACUGAAAUGUACACACACUUCCUGCUCAUUCAGACUAAUGUGAAGAAUGAGAAGUAUCAUGGCACCAAUGAGACAACCCCAAAGAAAAUGUCAGCAUCAAAUACAGAAAUCAUCCUGAAACUGGGGCAGCUGGCUUUACUACAGCUGGAAAGGGGCAAUCUGAUAUUCUAUGAAGAGGACCUGAGAGAGAUGGGCAUUGAUGUCAGUGAAGCUUCAGUGUACUCUGGGGUGUGCACAGAGAUCUUUAAAGAGGAGUGUGGGUUGGGUGAGGAGAAGGUUUACUGCUUUGUGCAUCUGAGCAUUCAGGAGUAUCUGGCUGCCUUGUUUGUGUUUCAUUCAUGUGUGAAUGAGAACAGAAAUGUGCUCAGAGCAGAACAAUCAAAACCUCGCAGACGCAGAGUCAGAGUGCAGCUGUCUGAGUUACACACGACUGCAGUGGAUCAGGCCUUACAGAGUAAGAAUGGACACCUGGACCUUUUCCUCAGAUUCCUUCUAGGCCUCUCUCUGGACUCCAUUCAGACUCUAUUAGGAGGAAUACUGACACAGACAGGAAGCAGAUCACCUAGCAUUGAGAAAACAGUAUUGUACUUAAGGGAGUGGAUCAAAAAAGAAUCUUCAGCAGAGAGGACCAUAAAUCUGUUCCACUGCCUCAAUGAACUGAAUGACAACUCUCUAGUGGAGGAAAUCAAGAAUUUCCAGAGAUCAGGAAAACUCUCUAAUGAAAAGCUGGAACCACACCAAUGUUCAGCCCUGGCCUUUAUGUUACUGAUGUCAGAGGAGAUCCUAGAUGAGUUUGACUUGAAGACCUACAACACAUCAGCAGCAGGUUAUGAGAGACUGCUACCAGUACUCAGGAACUGCAGGAAGGCCAUACUGAACAGGUGUGACCUCACAGGGAAGUCUUGUGAAAUUGUGGCCUCUGCUCUUCAGUCAUCAAACUCACCCCUGAGAGAUCUGGACCUCAGCUACAAUAACCUGGGAGAUUCAGGAGUGGAGCUGCUCUGUGCUGCACUGAUGAGUCCAAACUGUAAACUACAGACACUGGGGCUGGGUUGGUGUAAUCUCACAGAUGGCUGCUGUGAUGUUCUGGCCUCAGUCCUGCGUUCUCCUCACUCAGAGCUGAGAGAUCUGGAGCUCAGAGACAAUGAGCUGCAGGAUUCA